AUGAAGGCGCGGCGGCGCUGGCGCGGGCGGCGGCGGCGCUUCGCCGCGCUGCUGCUGCUCUACACGCUGCUGCUGCUGCUGCUGCUGCCCUACGUGCUGGACUACGGCGCGUGGCGCGGCCGCGCCGACGAGGAGCCGCUGCUGCGGCGCUGCCCCAGCCUGGAGGCGGCGCUCAGCGAGUGGGGCUGGGAGCAGCGGGCGCCGCAGGGCGACGGUGGUGAUGGCGAUGACGAGGGCGACGAGGAGGGCGUCGCGGCAGCGGGCGGCAACGGCAGCGCGGCGGCGAGGAAGCGGCACAUCUACCUGCACGCCACGUGGCGCACGGGCUCCUCCUUCCUGGGCGAGCUCUUCAACCAGCACCCCGACGUGUUCUACCUCUACGAGCCCAUGUGGCACCUGUGGCAGGCGCUGUACCCGGGCGACGCGCUGAGCCUGCAGGGYGCCCUGCGCGACAUGGUGCGCGCGCUCUUCCGCUGCGACUUCUCCGUGCUGCGCCUGUACGCGGCGCCGCCCGCCGCCCGCGAGCCGCCCGCCGCCGUCAACCUCACCACGGCCGGCAUCUUCGGCUGGCGCACCAACAAGGUCAUCUGCUCGGCGCCGCUGUGCCCGGCGGCGCCGCGGCCGCGCCACGAGAUCGGCCUCAUCGACGGCGCCGCGUGCGAGGAGCGCUGCCCGCCGCGCGCGCUGCGCGAGCUGGAGGCCGAGUGCCGCAAGUACCCCGUGGUGGUCAUCAAGGACGUGCGGCUGCUCGAGCUGGGCGCCCUGCAGCCGCUGCUGCGCGAGCCCGGCCUCAACCUGCGCGUCAUCCAGCUCUUCCGCGACCCGCGCGCCGUGCACAACUCGCGCCUCAAGGCCAAGCAGGCGCUGCUGCGCGAGAGCAUCCAGGUGCUGCGGAGCCGGCAGCGCGCCGAGCCGCGCGGGCCGCCGCGCCAGCACCUGCUGCUGCCACCACCGCUGCUGGGCGGCGCGCGGCCGCCGCCGGGCCCGCAGCACCGGGCCGAGCACUUCCUCGGCGGCGCCCUCGAGGUCAUCUGCCAGGGCUGGCUGGGCGACCUGCUGCUGGCGCGGCGCGCGCCCGCCUGGCUGCGGCGCCGCUACACGCAGCUGCGCUACGAGGACCUGGUGCGGGAGCCGCGCGCGCAGCUGCGCCGCCUGCUGCGCUUCGCCGGGCUGCCCGUGCCGCCCGCCAUGGAGGCCUUCGUGGUGAACAUGACGCGCGGCGCCGACUACUCCUCGGAGCGGCCCUUCCUCAUCUCRGCGCGCGACGCGCGCGAGGCCAUCCACGCGUGGCGCGAGCGCCUCAGCCGCCAGCAGGUGCGCCAGGUGGAGGCCGCCUGCGGCGAGGCCAUGAGCCUCCUGGCCUACCCGCUCAGCAGCGGCGACACGCGGUGACGGCCCCGCCGCGAGGCACAGGCUGCCCGCACCG